AUGAAGCCCAUCGGAAUCCAGGCUGAUCAGAUGGCUGAUCAGAUGGUUAAAAAUUCCCUGGUUCUGCAGCUUCACAAGCGCACAUGGGACGGGGUGGGGAUAGCUUGCAGCGUGUUGGUGACCGGUCUGCUUCUUGCCUUGGGCUCUGAGAGUCCAAUUGCCCUCUGGGCCGCGGAAGUCAGGGAUUUAAGGAAAGGAAAGCAAAGAGAGGCUCCGCUGGAAGAGACCCUGGCUGUCUUCAAGUCUUAA